AUGAAUCCGUUCAUUACCAUAAGCAGCACCGGGAUGAAUAUCGGCAAAAUAAAUACCGUUCCCAUCGCGCAGUCGGGCGUUAAAUGUAACGCUUUUAUAGCCAUUUGCUUAGUGUUAACGCAAUUGUGUUGGACGGGUGGCUCGACCAACAUGGUGAUGGCCAAUAGUAGCGACGAGUAUUACCCUGAUCAUAUGGCCAGUGAACACCAUCGCGAUCACCGCCGGGUGCCCGACAAUGUGCUGCAGCUUAAGGCGAGCACCACUACUGCCGACACGUAUAACGAUAACAACGCCGGUGUCGACGAUGUCUUCUCCAUACCUAUCGAUGAUUUUAGAGAUUACUGGUACACUCGGCGCCUCCAAAAACGUUCCCUACUAUCCAUCGAAGACAACAGCAUUGAUGGCACUUCAGUAGAGGUGGACGCGGGCCGACAACAGGCCAAACGGGGCUCAUACCAGGCGUGGGGCGGCAAACGGGCCCGAUAUCCGUACGACAUAUUCCAUAUGCCAAAGGGGUUUAACCCGAAUGGGGGUAAACGGGCGGCAGCCGGGGGUCGACGCCAGGGCGGACCCGCUGGUGACGGUAGCCGUAAGCGUACGGCCAAGACGUUUCAAAACUGGGCGGGCAAGCGGGCGGGGCCGGGUAUGCCCGGGUCGGCACCCGUAAGGGACAAGGCGUUUGUCAUAUGGGGUGGUAAACGAGCGGACAGUUUCCGCACGUGGGGCGGAAAGUAA